AUGCGUACGUCCGCGUCAGACGACGUUAUCGCGACUGCGGCAGCGCGGCGACGUCUCGGGCAGCGAGAUCGGCAACCGCGACCGGUCGCGCAGGCGCCCGCGACGGCAUCCUCUGUCCUGGGACCCUGGUACGAAUCCGGGCGAGUGAUGCGUCCGGAACGGGCUUGUUCGGAAUGCACGCGCCCGCACGGCGAGUGCCCAAAAUGUCGAGCGGCGGGCCGCACGUACGGGGACCCCCUUGGCUCGGCCCGCGCACCGUGUGCCGCGUUGCGGCAGGUCAUGGUUUCGGGCAAGUCGGACGCGGCCGACCGGGUGAGGAAUCGUGUGCGCGUUCGCGGACCGACAGCCAUACCUUACCCCGAUCGGCGACCGAUGGACUUGCCCGCGACUAAAGCGCAGCGAAGUGCACGCAACAGUACAACGUUAUCACGUAACCGUGCCGCCGCAAUUCAAAAACGCACCGGAUUCUGUGAUAACGGUCUGUUGCCACCGGUGCGAAAACCGUCGAGUGCAUGCUACAAUUUCGGCCGAUGCACACGACGGUCCUGA